GAAUGUUUGAGUGGUGGCUGUUUGAAGUUGUGAUAGAAGCUGAAGUAGGCCAUGAGAUGUGUGUGACAUAUACAAACUUCCGUUAAUGACAGUGAAUGUGUACCUAGGAAAUGGUAGUUGGUGUAACAUGGUUUGCGAUAGUUGUUGUGCUUUGUUGUCUCCUAACUAUAUUUUCAGAUGUUACAAGGAAGAUGAAUAAUGUACAUUAUGGACAACAAACCGAUAAUUACAUAUUCUGGAGAUAAAGCAUUGGUUUCUAGUCUUGAAACCCUGUUGGAGAAAGGAAUUCCUCAAGAAUGUACGGAGUGGAAGAGAUCGUAUGGAAGAGCCGUUAAAAGUGUAUUUAUUGAAGCCAAAUUUAUUCCUUUUUCGAAGGAAAUAUUGCCGAAAGACUCUGAUUGGCACUUGACUAAGCAACCAAUCUUCCAUACAUUUUGGACAGAUUGUUCUGACGUAGAUGUGUACAAAACUUCCGUUCGUGAUGACAUUGAGAACUGGAUGAAAAUUCUAAACCAGCAUAACAUUCACGACUGGUUAAUUGUGCUUGUCGAAACUUAUGAUGUAAAGAAAACUAACAAAUUGCUACUCAGAACGUCUGUAUUGGACAAAAUUAGAAGUGACUUUGCAUCGAAACAUGCUGACAGGUGUUUAUCUGUCAUUAAUCCUAUUCGCUCAGAGUCCCGUUCUGCUGAAUCUUGGCGGGGUAUGUUGACAAGAAUUAGAGUACUGGUUUUGGCGGCAUACAAUAGGACAUUGAUAAAGUUUGAAGAAGUAAUUAGGGAACAGAGAGAACGAAGAAAUGAGCCUGGAUGGAACUUCUGUCAUUAUUUUCUUUUGCAGGAAGAAUUAGCAUUUGUGCUUCAGAUGCUUGGUUUACAUGAUGAAGCACUAGUACAAUAUGAUGAGUUGGAUGCCUUAUUUACUCAGUUUGUCUUGAACUCAAAUGUUGGAGACACACCUGCAUGGCUUAGUGACUUCCAGAAGCCGUUUGAUAGUUGGUCCAGCAUUGUUUUGAGCAAACAGCUGGAUGUGGGACGGCGGUGUCUACUUACGGAGUGCAGAAUUUCUUUGCUAGACUUUCGUGGCUACCUGUUUUCACGUCAGAGUGCAAUGCUCCUGCUGUUACUCCGACCAGGAGAGUUAGCAAUGCGUGCACUUCAGUUCCUACACAUGUGUAUCAGAGAGCUGGAUAUCCUAGAAAUCUCUACACCACCAGGUGCUGUAGCAUGCUGGGUCUUCCUUUGUUGUCUUGAAGUCUUGCAGACAUGUGAGAGUUGCCCAGGAAGUACAGAUUGUGAUAGUGGUGAUUCCUAUCCAGUGCAUGCAGCAAGCCUCUGGGCCUAUGCCCGUGAUAAGCUGAGAGAACUGGGUGAAUUGUGUGGACUUACACCGGGUUUGGAACCUACAAGUGAGCAGCUUCAUACUGUAGUGCUACUUUCAGCUGGUAUGGGAGAUCCACCUCCAGGCAUCAAACAGCCAACGCCCACUGACAAACUGAAAGAAGCUCUUUCAUCAAAAGAAGCUUUUAGGAAACAUUAUCUGGAGCUUGCUGAACUUGCAAUGGGGACAUUCAAACAUAUUGGUAGAUUUCGUUCAGCUCGCAUGGUUGGCAGAGAUCUUGCUGAUUUUUAUAUAAAAAUGGAGGAGCCACAUAAAGCAAGUGUUUUUCUUGCUGAAGCAUUUUUACAGUAUGAAGAGGAAGGCUGGUUGAAGUUAGCAGCUGAAACACUAUUGGAACUUGCUUCAUGUUAUAAGAAGACUGAUAUAGUUGACAGGUUUAUCAGAACCUGUGCAAAAAUUGCAGGUGCAAAAGAUCUGAAUUGUCAGACCAGAAUAUUCUAUUUUGAUGAAAUGAUGAGUGCACUUAUAAAAUUUAGUAGUGAAAAUCCAGUAACUACACAGUUGUCGGAUGCCUUUCAACUUAACAGAGUUGAAAUAAUAAAAGCAAGCAAACCAAUUAUUAAACAUUCAGUUGUGGAAGUAGAGUUUGAGGUGGAGAGCUUACUGCCUAAGGAGGUGUGCUGCAAGAGAGCAUCAGUCCUAGUAAAUGAAGUUAGAGAAACUUUGAGGCAAAGUGGGCUACCAGAUCCUCGUCCCCAUGAGAUGGUUUCUGAGAAAAAAUCAAAGCAGCAUAGUGAAGAUGCUAAAGCAUCUUUAAAACUUGUAGAUAGGUACAUUAAACCAGAAGCAAAUAGUGAAAUCGCUCAGAAGUUGGCUAUGCUGGAACAUCUAGAUUAUAAACAGGACAAAAAUCUUGCUUCCGCCAGCGUUGUUGCGAAAAACCCAAAACAGUUCCUCAGGAGGACAGAUAGUCAAGGAAAAUAUAAGAAAGUAAAUGCAGCAGUAAAAAGUGAUUUUAUAUGCGAGUUCAGUUUAGACAAUUUCACUUUAUAUCCUGGAGUCAACACAUUUGUAUUGAAAGGAAAGGCACAACAAAAGGGAAUUUAUCAGCUUGGUCAGUUGUCUUUAAUGGUGGAAGGAAAACUGGAGUUUCUGUCACCUAUUAUAUUACCUCGCUUAAGCUUUAGAGUAGUAAGGGAACCUUCAUCAGUUAGUCUUAACAAAGGUGAAAAGGAUUUGCUCGCAGGACUGGAACAAGAGAUGGUACUCACAGUUUCGUCAGGAAGCUUUUCCAUUGAUGAGGGAACAUGCAUUCGAUUAAGAACUUCAAGAGGCUUCUGUAUGCAGUUAAAGGACAGCAGCGAACCUCUCUCAAAUGAGGUGACUGUUUCUCUACCUGAAGCACAGCCAUUUGAAACAAAGUCAAUGCUCAUGAAGGUAUUGGCUGACAUGCCUCCAGUGAAGGACAACACUGCUGUAGAGCAUAAGGUGAGCUUGCAUUUACCUUGGACAUCAGAAGAGAAGAAUAUUACUCUGCACUUUCAGCCAUCUUUCAAGACAUCAUGCCGUCUUUAUACAGAACAUGCUAACAAAUUCAUUCAAAUUGUUGUAUGUGGUCUAAACCAGCAGAUGAUCGAAUUGAAGGAUCCAGAGCUUGUAAUUAAGGGGAAUAAAGAUCAUUCAUUGCUUUCCCAUAAUCCUACUGCUGGGCAGAAACUAGUGAUAAAAACUGGACUAAAGUGUUCAUUUUUAUGGGGGCUAGUGCUUGGUGACACUGAUGAUACACCGCCUAUCAAGACAGAGUUUUCAAUCAAAUAUAGCCCCAUAAUUGAUCCACUGAAACGAAUGAGUAGUCCAGAAUUCAAACCAUAUUCUUGUAGCUUUGAAAUAAAAGAUUACAAGACUCUGUAUGAAGUUAAAUCACAGGUUGAACCUUUAAAAGGGAACGAAUUUUGUCGGGCAGGCAGCAUGUGCCAUCUCCAACUGCAUGUCCGCCGAAUUAAUCCUAGUUCUCAUAACUCCUUAAUGUAUGAAGUACUUGCUGAUCAAACUAUUUGGGCUGUGUGUGGAAGAACAGCUGGUGUUAUAUCUUUAGAAGACUCAGAUAAACAGAGUGUAACAUUGGAUGUGAUGCCUCUGAUUGGAGGAUAUCUACCACUGCCAUCAGUUCGCCUGUCUAAGUACAUCCCUGCAGAAAAAAAGUCACCAGGAACAAAAGUUCAAGCUCAGAAGAACAAAAUUGAUGUGUCUCCUGUUCAUCCAAGAUUGGAACCUUUCAGCCCAGGGCAAGUGUAUAACAGCAGCAGUGGUGAACAGAUUCAUGUUCUGGCUGCAGUAACACCAGCAAUGUUACUGGAUUCUGCAAUUCAUCAGUAGUAAAUUCUUUUUAUACAAAUUUCUUGCCAUGAGAAGUGGGAAAAUUUGCUGUCACAGAGUACUUUAUUAGCAUCUAGUUCAUGUUGAGGAAAUAUUGGUGUAACAAUGGCGUAACAUCAGAAACUUUACUCAUUACCUACUGCUUGUCCAUUGCACUUUGGGUUAAUACUCAGAGAUCUGUGCAACAUUUUCAUAACUUCUUUCGAGACACUAUGUGCCUUUUUCUGGCUAAACUAACUAAUUCCAAACCUAACUGGUUGUACACUUUAUAGAAAUCUGAAAAUGGAAAUGACAGUUGAAUUUGCAUAUUCAUUGUGGAAUUUGUGCGACCCCUAAUCUCCAUGUUGUGUUGAUACAUUACAAAAGAAGUUUCCAAAAAGAGCAAUUUUAGUAUAGUUUGUAGCUUUGCAAUAAUGCAGAAUGUGCAAUGGUAUCAGGACCUACAAACUUUCAAAGUUACAGUUCUGAAAGUGUGUGCCACAAAUAUUUGUGCCAAUGUUCUACUGUAAAGUGGCAGGCAUGAAACAAUGAACUAGUUUUAAUGUUACUGUAACAUUUGUUUAUGCCUCAUAUGUGAACAAACAGUGUGUUCAUUAGCAGUGUAUGAUCUUAAUAUUAGUGUUACUGUAAAAGUACAAAUGUACGAUGCAGGAGUGUGUGCAAAAAGUGACUUUGUUUAUGAAUAGACCUAUGCUAUAUGACUUGACAAAUACUCAGUGUUUUAUUUUCAUGCAAUUAGUGUCAUCUUUCAUUUAAGUUAAUGGAGAUAUUUACAUCAUACUCAGAUUCAUCAUUCUGUAUAAAUUUCUUCAUGGACCCACACUGACUGUCCCUAAAUAUAAAUAGAGUGUGAGAAAAAAUGAUUUUCCAUGGCAAAAAAGGUCUUAGAUGUGCGUUGACCAUGACUUUUGAUAUUACCUCUGCAAAUAUAGGUAAAAUUUAAAGAAUGAUAUUAUGCAGUAUGUGCAACUGCCUUGUAAAUAUUCUUGAAUGUAUUAUUAACAGAGGAAAUAGUACUUUACAUAUUUUUUGAUUUAAAGUGUAAAUAUAUAUUCAGAUUUAUAGUCAUAGUGGCAGAAAAGCCAUUCCGUACUGGCUUUGCUCUGUUGUAGGAAAAUCCUGAUGGCUGCCAUUGUAAGUGACAAAUUGAAAAUGUUUUUGUGUGCCACUUCCAUUUAGUUCUGUGCACAUGCUGUGAUUUUACAGAUAUUUUUGUUUCUUCCUUUAUUUUUACUGUGGGCUGUUGAUGAUGUCAGCAUAAGUAUUUAGAAAAUUUGUGUGCCUCUGAAAUCUUAACACAUUCAAAAGUUAUUUAGAAAUCUCUUCGUGGUCUUUACAUAAAUCAAAGCUGCACAACUAUAUUUUUGAUGUUACCUAGUUUCUAAUAAAAAGUUCACUGUUUUGUGUGCUGAAAAUGAUAGAGAUUCUUUUCCCACGUUGGGCAAGCUAAGUAACUUGGUGUAUGCACAAACAGUGUAAUAUUUUGAAAGUACGAAAAGUAAGUGUCUGUGGCUACACUAUUGAAAUUAAUGAUAGAGAUUUAUAUUGCUAUUCUGAGCAUAGCAAUCAUUUAACAUGGACAAAAACUUACUUUGUUUCUGGUUUACUCUUAAGUUCCUAGUUUAGUCCCUUGAUUUGUACAAGGAACAUCAUUUGUGUUCAGGAACAAAACUACUUCAAUUUUGCAACGAAAUUAUAUUAAAACUUGGUAUUAUCUUCCAUUAAUAUCUUACUAUGUUCUUGUGAUGUGUUGAGUAUAUUAGCUUCACGCCUGCAUGAAUUCAAAUUUGCAGGCUUUAUAUAGGUUAUAGAGAUUGUAUUGCUCAUAUUUGUUAAUUUAUAAGUUAAGACUGUGGUGCUUGCAGAUACUCAAAAUUCUGGUAUUUGCAUUGUGAAUUUUAUAGACUGAUUUGGAUUCUAAUAUUAGUGCAUAAAUGCAUCUGAGAAUCCACAGAUCAUUAGUAUUUGUGUGUUGUAAAACAUAGUACCAUUCUUGUUCCAAACAAAGUAAAAUUUAUUAUGAAAUGAAUUUAUUAUAAAGAAGCACCAUCAUUUCAUGUGGUCACAUUGGAACUAUCUUAACCAUAUUACCAGUUUAACUGGGGCACAGGAUGUUCUCUCCUUUUGUUACAAAUUAGGUGCGGAACUGAUUUUGUUUGCAGGAAUCUGAUUUUACUGACUGACACUGAGAGUGAGUAAUUCUAAUAAAAAUGUUUAGAGCUCGUUUAUGAAGCUAACUGACUACAUACUUGUGAACACAGCUUCAUUAUUAUGUUUGUCAUGUUUCUCUGUCCUGGGUGUUAGACAUGAGAAUUACUUUACUUAUUUUUCUGUUUUGUAUAUUAUUCGCUCUCAGUGCAAUGUAGUUUGCCAACUACAUCUUAGUCUAAGUGAUUGACUUCCUUCGAGAUGUCUGGUAAAUAAUUACAAAAUGUUUCUUAGAACAUCCGUUUUUACAUUUGAUAACAUUUCUUGUAGAAGUGUGUGUGUGUGUGUGUGUGUGUGUGUGAGUGAGUGAGUGAGAGAGAGAGAGAGAGAAAAUAUGUCAGUAUGUAGUUGUGUUAUAAGAUCUAAACAGCAUUUCUCCCAGUUCAGUGUUAGAAAAUGUGAGAUAACUGUUUCAUGAUAUUACAUGGAAAUGAAUUAUGUUAAAUAAUUUUAUUUGAUUAAAUUUAUAGUUUAUGUCACAUAUUGUAAAAUUUUAGCCUAUGCCAUGCCAUGAUAUGCAGUUGAUGACAGCAGAGUUGUUUGUAUUUUCUAUGUUAUUGUCAAGUUCGGAUAUGUCACAAAUUUGUUAAGCUUUGAUAUACAUAAUAGAUCACAGCUUGCCCAUAAAUAUCUUCUUACAGUUUCCUAUUCUUAACGGGAGAAAUUACUGAAACUAAAUAUGUUUUUUGUUCUCAAAUAUUUGUUUGUUGAAGAGUUAUAUAUGUUAAAAUGUUUUACAUGAAACAAAGAAUUAAAGGCUGUGAGUAUCUAAGUUAAUUAAAUGUUAUGUUCCAAAGAAA